UCUCAUUCCACAACCUGAAGCGGCACAACAGAAGACAAAGAGGUUACUGCAUUAAUUUUUGUUUUAAUGAUCGCAUCCACUAUCCUUAUUUGGAUUGGGAUGGGAAGGAAUCCUGUUGACUCAAAAGUGGUGGCCCGGGUAUAUGUAGAUUUUUCUGCCGUAGUGACCCUUUUAUUAGGAGGGGCAUUAGCAUGUUAUGGACUCGUAUUAUUCUUGAAAAUGAGGAAAGUAAGAUCUGAAAGAGCUUCUUCUGAAAUGCGGAAGGUUACAUGGGAUGAACCUGAUGUUCUGCAGAAUGUGAAGAGGGUCAGCCCUUGGCAAAUUGAGUAUGUCGAGCCCACACCACUGCUCCAUUCUGCAUUCCCUCCUGCAAAGAAAUUCAGAUUUCCUCAGAAUCCUGGGUUACCAACUGAUGGAAAGGGAGACCUCUUCUUUCCUAUACCAGGACCAAGUAAUUCAAUGAUAGGGUACUUGAAGCCAUCAUUGAUGAAUUACAAUUCUUUUCCUGCUGGCAUGCAGGGAGCCAGGCAAGAUACAUUUUUUUGUAUCAAGUUUAUCCAACGUGAUAAGUGAAAAUACCUAUUAGAUGUGCAAAGAUAAAUUUUUUGGCAACAACAUGACACCAAAGGUGAGAACUGUGUCUACUGAGCUGAAUAUUGGCAGUUCACAGGACAAUUUGUCACCCGAUAGUCAGAGCAGUGUGCAUUUCUAUGGCAAUGAGCUAGCUCGAAAACAGGGCUGCAACUCCUCAACAAAAGCUGGUUUGGGUUCGUUCCAGUUGUUUGAUAAGAUAAUCCAUAUGAAAGAUCCUGUGGAGAGUGGCUGUGAUGAUGUUGGUUGCGCAGAAGAUAAUGGCAGUAAAAUGUUCAAAGAAACUGAAGGUGUGAAAAAAUUGCCGGAUCUUUCUCUGACUUGCCCUUACACAAAACUACUUGAUGGGCUUGAUUUUGAAUACCACAGAGCUUCAGCUAUUGAAGCAUGUUCUUUAUGAAUAAGUGGUCUUUUUGACUUUAUCAAAUUUGAAGCUGUACAGUGGAAAAAGGACAACCCAUGUGACAUGUUUUUACUACAGCACACCAUGGAUAUGAAAUUUCUGUGAGAGUUGUUAUAUCUGGUGGGUAAUACUGAUAAUUCUCUAAUGCAUAUUUACAUGAAAUUUAAAAUUAAUCAUUGUUUUUGCUCAAUAUAAAUUUGAUUUCUUUCCAGAGGCAAACGAUGUUGAUUACUGAGCAUGUACUCGGAUAUGGACAUGUCCAAAGGCUGGUAUCAAAAUGGCAAUACCAGCUCCAAAAUUUGACAGGAUACAGAGUGCCAAAAUGUCAUAAUUUAGCAAUGUUGUUCUAACAGUGAAAUGUAUUUUCAUUACAAAAUGUCAAUUCUAAAUAUUAUUUGUGGGCCCUAUCAUGAGAGAGAUAUAAAUGUUAUUUGGCAUUGCUAUAAUUUGGCAUGGAAGAUAGCAGUCAAUUGGAGAUUAGUUUGGAAGAGUUGUUGGCAAAUUUUAGCGUUGGCAUGGAGGAUAGCACACUGAUAGAGAUGCUCCAACUGCCUACUAUACCCUAGUAUUAAGUGGAAUGACAAGCAUUUGCAUUGAUGUAGAUGCCUCACUGCCACAUAUGAAGAGGGGACAAAACACAAAAGAAAGUUUUGAUGGUUGAGAAUUCCAUCUGAACCUUUAUUCAUUUAUUCCCUUUGGAUGAGAAAUUUGCAUAUUAUAUUUCUGUUAUGACUAUAAAGUUACAAAUUUUCUUACUACCGAGUUUGUCUGAUACUUUCCAUUGCAUUUUGGUCUCCAGGUGCCUAAGGCAGGCAGGAAGCUGGCUCGUAAUCUGACUCUUGUAGUAGUAACUUGUCUAUGGUGGUUUUCUUUAAUCAGUUUUUUUACUUGUACAAAAACCAAUCACUAAACCAAACACAACUCACUCACAUGAGCUGGGAUCCACAAAAAGUUGGAAUCCACCUCAUGUGUGAUUGAUUUUUGUGUUCCUAGACUUUUUCUUCUUUAAUUUGCCAUGUUGGAGAUUUGAGACUGUUGUGUAAUCAGCAGGUAGAUUUUUAUGAAAGCUUUUAGAUUGUGUCAA